UCUACCGAUCAUGACGAUCCAAACAGACGAUGAAAGUUUCUUUAUACAAGAUCCCGAGUAUUAUGAAAUAACCGAAGAAGUUAUGGAAGACGAAAUAAACGUGACUGAAGAAUGUGUUAGGUUAUUUUAUAAAAUUAAAGAAGAAUAUACAAGUGCAUUAGAUCUGGUAUUUACAGUUCACGAGAUUGAAAUCUAUAACAGUGAUUAUAAACCACCUGAAAUUAAUACUAUUGCCGCCCUGCAAAAAGAUGUGGAAAAUUCUCAGAAAGAGCGAGCCGAGUGUGACGUUUGUCUCCGAAUAUUCUCUGACAGGUACACAAUGAUCCGACAUCGACUGUCGCAUACUGGGGCCACACCAGAAAGAAGAAAGAAAAUGGAUGUCUUUCAAAAAAGCAAAAAGGAAACGGAAUCUGAGAAUGGUAUUUUAUUAGGUAAAUUGAUACAAAAUAAAACUUUGGAAUGCAAAAUUUGCUAUAAAAGCUUUUCAAGGAACUGGAAUUUAAAAAGGCAUAUUGAAAUUCAUACAGGAGAUUCAAAUCACAAUAAGAAAUUUCAAUGUGAUAUUUGUGGCAAAACUUUUGGAAGGAAAAGCCGACUAGAUAACCAUGUAAGAUCUCACAACGGUGAUGUUACUAACGAGGAUAAAAAGUUUAAGUUUAAAUGUGGAGUGUGUGGAAAGCUUGUGCAGGAAAAGAGAGAGUUUGAGGAUCACAUGAGAGUCCAUACAGGCGAACGACCUUUUCAUUGUGAUCUGUGUCACCUCUCAUUCAAACAAAUGAGUCAUCUCAGACGACACAGUCGUGUUCACACUGGAGAAAUUUUACACAAAGAAGAGCCUAUCAAGUGUGAGAUCUGUGGCCGAUAUUUUGGACAACGCCACCAGUUGACUCGCCAUAUGAAAUGUCACAACCCAUCAGCUACGAGAGAAUACAAAUGUGACUUUUGUCCAAAAGAGUUUAGCGAAAAGCAUCAUCUCGUACGACAUGUUCGAUUACAUACCGGUGAAAAACCUUAUAAAUGUGAUUUUUGCGAUAAACAAUUUACUUUUCACGCUUCUUACACUUCUCAUCGGAGAAUUCACACUAACGAAAAGCCAUACGCAUGUAGUAUAUGUACCAAAUCAUUUACACAGUUGUCAACGUUGAAACAUCACCUGCAUGUGCACUCUGGAGAACCUCGUUAUAAGUGUAAAGAAUGCGGAGAAACGUUUGGCAGGCACAGUUAUCUUAAAAAGCACAGACUAGAAUUUUAUCAUUGAA